GGAGACAGCUGAGCCCCACUGACGGCCCCACCCCCUGUACCGGAGCUGCCCAGGCCUUCCUCUCGUGGACACAUGGUUGUGCAGGACAGCACAGAUGCUGGGGAGGCCAGAGUGGGCGUGCGGCUAGAGCCCUUCCUGCACCAGGUCGGGGGGCACCUGAGCGUGAUGAAGUACGAUGAGCACACCGUGUGCAAGCCUCUCAUCUCCCAGGAGCAGAGGUUCUACGAGUCUCUGCCUCUGGCCAUGAAGCGCUUCACCCCGCAGUACAAAGGCACCAUCACGGUGCACCUCCAAAAAGACAGCCGAGGCCAUCUCAGCCUGGUGGCCACCCCGCUGAAGGAGAACCGGGGGCCCUUCAAGGUCUCCACGGAAUCGGCGGCAGUGGCAAUAUGGCAGACGCUCCAGCAGACCACCGGCAGCAGUGGUGGCGCCCACCCCCUCGUCCAGUGGCAGCUGGCGCACUCGCUCGAGGAGAGACCCGCCACGUCGCUCUUGAGGUCCGAGUUCCAUCUCAAUGCCCCAGUCUCCACAGUCAUGGAAGACGCUAAAGGGAACCAGGCUGAGAGGAGGAGCUUUAACCCAUGGGGACUGCAGUGCCACCAGGCCCACCUGACCCGCCUGUGCACCGAGUACCCGGAGAACCAGCGGCACCGGUUUCUGCUGCUGGAAAAUGUCGUGUCACAGUACAAGCACCCCUGUAUCCUGGACCUGAAGAUGGGGACCCGGCAGCACGGGGAUGACGCAUCUGAGGAGAAAAAGGCUCGUCACAUGCACAAGUGCGCGCAGAGCACCUCGGCCUGCCUGGGUGUGCGCAUCUGUGGGAUGCAGGUUUAUCAAGUUGAUAAGAAGCACUUUCUCUGCAAAGACAAGUACUAUGGAAGAAAACUCUCUGUCGAGGGCUUCCGACAGGCCCUCCAUCAGUUCCUGCAUGACGGAACCCGCCUCCGGAUGGAGCUCCUGGAGCCCAUCCAGUGCCAGCUCCGUGCCCUCCUCUCGGUCAUUAGGAGCCAGAGUUCCUACCGGUUCUACUCCAGCUCUCUCCUCAUCAUCUAUGAUGGGCAGGAGCCACCAGAAAGGACGGUCCACGGCAGCUCUUCUGGAGGUGUCAGCAAAGUUGACAUCCGGAUGAUCGACUUUGCCCACACAACAUACAAAGGCUCCUGGGACGAGCGCACCUCUUACGACGGACCAGAUCCAGGCUAUAUUUUUGGCCUAGAGAACCUCAUCCAGAUCCUGCAGGACAUUCAAGACGGAGAAUGAGGCUUGUUGGGCCUAUCCAGAUUUUUCUAGAGUAUAGUUCUCACAAGGGACCUACUGGUAUCCAGGGUACUCCAGACACGGUCAGAUGUCUUUUUGUGAUAAUGCUAGCCACAUUCAAGAGCCACACAGGGCAGAGGAUAUUAAUGGCUGCUACAGAAACUAGCUCUGGAGGUAAGUUCACAUCCUCUGGCAUCUUCUGCUAAUGCCGGUUAUCCAAGGCUGGACAGCCAGAGUGGAAUGGCACCAUCAUGGAGUACACUGGAGGGCUGUGGCAUGAGGGAGAAGCCAGCGUUACAGUAAGAUUCUAGAGAAUUUGCGUUGAAAAAUGCUUUUUUGUUGUUGUGCUGACGUCUUGGCAAGCUAUGAGGCAAAAAACUCUACUUGAAGAAGACCAGAAGAGUGAGGUCACGAGUGAAUGGUUUUUUCUGCUCACACAGGCAGCCCACCCCAAGAGCAGACAGAGCUCACGAAUGACUGUCUCUUACCUUCCUAGGAGGCAUUUCGGUGGGGCAGGAACACAUGGGACUGAUCUGCCCGUCUCGCCAGCUUCCUACCCAGGGUCUGAAUGGGCAAGAGCAAACCACACAGUCCUGGCAAAUCGAGCCCUUGGGUUCUCCAUUUCUGCCUGAGGAGAUGAGGGUCUCUUUCUAGACUUCUGGGUACCUAUUGGAAGUGAUGCCUCUGUGCAGUUCUGGCCACAAACCAGCUCAUAAACCGCAGUUCUGGUGGCAGGGGGGCUGCCGAAAGGAUGAGCAAUGCUGUUAAAUCACACUAUCCGCUUUCUAUUUAUUUAUUUUGGGGGCGGGGUGGGGAGUCGGGAGAGAGAAGCCUGAAGGGCCAAGCAAUCCAGGCGCAAUGUUUACAAGACUGGUGGACAAGUGUAAAUACGGAACAAAGAGCAAACAGUUCUAAUUAAUUCCUUCUUCUGCCUCGUGGAAACCUAUUACAAUGCCCUUGAGUCGAGCACGAAGAUACGUUACCCAAUUAGGGAAAUAAAUUUGUUA